AUGCACAGUAGAAGGAAGAAAAUAAAACGACAUGACGUAGUUUACGACAAUGUAGAAAGGGACGCUAUCCCUAAAAGGGGUUACUAUUCAGAACUUGUAUCCAAUAUGAUGAAAGACCUCGCUCCGAAGCAAGCUUUUGCAAAGAAACGUAUGAAAUUAUUGUUACAGGCUAAAACAGAUAAGCUGGCUCCAAUGGUAAUAUCUUUGCCGAAGCCUCAAAAACCUAAAAUUUUACUACCACCUGGUCGAUGGACGACUUAUAGUGAAGACGAUAGUAUUCAAUUCCCAUUUGAAACUUUUGUGCCAAAACUACAAUUCUUAAGUGUCGUGUUACCGAAGGAGCUACCGCGACUGGUAAAGAUAGAAAGAUUAAGAAGAAAAUUCUUAGCCUCUAAUAUAAAGAAAAUGCUUCGUGAACGCGGUAUUCAACCAUAUCUAUUAAUGCCGACAACCGAAUAUCCUAUAAGUGACGAACAGUACUACAGUCUCUAUAGCGUAUUUCCGAAAAUGGAAUUAGAACUAUUUGAUAAUACUGAAUAUGAUUGCAGGAUCCCAGAAGAGUGGCUUAAUCUUGGUUUGAUUGAAGGCGAGCAAUAUCCCUGUCCAGGGCUCGCGUUCAUACCGAAACAAGAUGGGAAAUCUACAAAGCCGUCAACUGAUCUAAUACAAAUUCUCAAUAACUUAUAUGAGUGGACAAAUGUUGCAGCGUUUAGUUUCGAUAAAAACACUGAGAAAUGGGAAGUCAUGGCGUUAGAUGGAUCUAAGCGACGCUUUAAUAUACCACGUAUUCGAUUGAUGUUUAAAGCAGAUGAUCCCGAUACAUUUGCUGAACGUGUUAAGUUCGCUGUAAACUUGCGGAAAGAAGUGGAGAAUAACUUAAGAUUUUAUUUAUAUCUAGAUUGCUUGAUUCUGGACGGUCUGCCACGCAUGCCGUUAAAUUUCAUGCCAUCCAUACUGAAAAUGGUGAUAAUACACCAACAAGCUAAAAAAUUAGAUAACAAUCUUCUUCAAUCUUUAAAGCAAGAGGUGGAGGCCAUGUUGUUUUUUACAAGCAACUACGGAAGGAAUGUCAGUCUUGCGGAAUUCGACGCUGCACAACAGCAUUGUACUUCUAUGAUGCUCAAAUAUUUAAAUAUAACGUGGUUGGACGCUACAGCGCAUGCAAUAAGAAUGUCCUAUAGGGAUGUUGGGAAAGGGUGGUUUAACAUAUAUGAGAAGAAAUGGGAAUUCUAUGGCAUAAGUAAGCUGUGCAGAUUUAUGCAACUCGUCAGAUUUAGAAUGCAGUACGCGUUACGCUAUUCAAUAGAGCAAUCUAUGGCAAUGUUCGUGGUAUUAUGUGAAACACCAUGCCUCUGUACGUAUAUUUGUGAGGAUGAUUACGAAUGGGACUCUACCGAUCUUAUAAAUAGCCCAUUCCGAUCGCCGACCCCUACACUAUUUUAUUUUCAUCUCAUGAUGUCAGCUGAAGGGCCUUAUUAUACCACUCCGCCUGAACAAUUUGAGAUAGUCAUCCAACGUUUAUUCAGAGAAAUGCUUUACCGUUGUCACUUUAUACCGCAAGUGCAUCCAAAAAUUAUGACCGGUCUCGUAUUCGAUAAGGAACUAUUUCUCACAUCUAUUGGUCUGAUGGAACCAAACGUAGUUGAGUACAGAGAGAGACUGCUGAAAGCUUAUAGAAAAGCAAUCAUACCCUUAAUAGCUUAUAUGCACCAGUACGACUGCUAUAAGGAUAUUUAUAUGUUGAACAUCGAAGAUAAUUUCCGCCAAGAGAAGCAUUCAGCUUCUGAAAUAAGAGAAGAGGUUCAAAUGCAUUACGAUGAGAAACAAGACUUGAUCUGGCGUCUUCCACAAUACAUUAAUAUUGGGCCGUUCGCUAUCAACGUUGAUACAUUGAAGCAAAUGCUGGUAACAAAAAGAUCGGACAUAAUUAAAGCCUUAUUGACAAUGUGGGCGGAAGAAGUACGACAAGUGGUGGAAGAUGUGAUUCAAGCGUACAAGAAUAUUAUGAGAAAAUUAGGGGAAAAACCCAACACUAUCGAGCAUGUGUUUGAAAUUCGUGAAUGGAUGGAAUCUAUACCGUUCGCGUUGAAAACUCAGGAGGAUAUUAUGAAGAAAGUUCAUACGGAUUACGAAGUUCUCGAUGUGUUCUUUACUCCACUUGAACAUGAUGAUUUCAAGGCGCUGUGGGAAGCUAUAGGAUGGCCACUGAAUAUUACAAAGCAGGUGGAUGCAACAACGGACUUCCUAGAAGAAGAACAAGAAAAGUUUUGGAAGUUGCAUCAACAAGAUGAACAAACACUUUUCGAUAAGAUUGAUAUGUUCACUGCACAAUGUAUGGCGCUCACGUUGCAAAAUGAUUUUGCUAAAGUGCAUGAAAUAGCAAAUGAUAUAAAAAAAGCGUGGAAAGGUAUGAAAGAUGCACAGGAAUGGGGUCGUGUGUUGAAUCAAAGGCAGAAGCUAUUCGGCCAACCUGUGGUGGCUUUUGCCGAUCUCAAUAGGCUAGUGAAGGAAUUCGAACCAUACAGGAAUUUGUGGGUCACUGCGUCUGAUUUCCUAAAAUCACGCGAAGUUUGGUUCGACAAUCCACUAAUCUAUGUAGACGCAGACGCCAUAGAACCCGCUAUCAAUGAAUAUUAUAAAACCAUUGUUAAAUGCAUCAGAGUGUUCGCUGAUUUGCCUAAAGUGCAGCAAGUUGCUUUGACGAUACGGGACGACAUGGAUGAAUUUAGACCACUAAUACCAGUCAUACAAGCGGUAAGGAAUCCCGGUAUGAAAGAUCGACAUUGGAAUGAGUUUAUGGAAAGAGCAGGCAUAGCAGUAACAAUGAAUGAAAAGCAAACAUUUGCGAUGUGUCUAAAGCAAGGCGUGGCCGAGCACGCGGAAAUGAUCGCUGAAAUAGACGAGUUGGCGAGCAAAGAGUACGUCAUAGAGCAGUCCUUGGACAAGAUGUUGAACGAUUGGGCGUCUAAGACUAUGGAGGUUUCACCGUAUAAAGCUACUGGUACAUUUAUAAUGAAAAUAGCAGAUGAAACGCUACAAUUGUUAGAUGAACAUCUUCUCAUGACGCAACAACUCGGCUUCAGUCCGUUUAAAGCUGCUUUUGAACUGCGCAUACAAGAGUGGGACGAUAGGUUGAGACUUACACAGAAAGUGGUCGACGAAUGGAUUGAAACACAGAAAGAAUGGAUGUAUUUAGAACCAAUAUUCACGUCUGAAGAUAUAUCUCGACAACUUCCUCUAGAAGCUAAGAAAUAUGGAACUAUGGAGAGAAUUUGGAGAAGAAUCAUGUCGUCUGCAGCCGCUUGCCCGAAGAUAAUGGUGAUAUGUCCGGACAGUCGUCUCUUGGACAGUUUGGUGGAAGCAAGACAUUUGCUAGCGGUAGUGUCACGCGGUCUAAACGAAUAUAUGGAGCUGAAGAGAUUGAGGUUUCCAAGAUUCUUCUUCCUUAGUGAUGACGAGCUUUUGGAGAUACUUUCUCAGUCCAGGAAUCCAAGAGCGGUUCAACCUCAUCUCAGGAAAUGCUUUGAGAAUAUAGCUAAGGUAACAUUUGAGCCGGACUUGAAAAUAACUCAAAUGCACUCAAGUGAAGGUGAAAUCGUUGAGUUGAAAUACAAAUUCUAUCCGAGCUCUAACGUAGAGCAGUGGCUGCUUUUGUUGGAGGAUACUAUGAAGCAUUCCAUCCGUCUAACAUUAGUGGCGGCUAUGGAAGAGUUAUGGACGAUGCCUCGCGCGGAGUGGGUGCUGCGCUGGCCGGGACAGGCGGUGCUCGCGGGCUCGCAGACCGCGUGGACGGCGGGCGUCGAGCAAGCCAUCGUUGACUACAGGCUGGACUUGUACUUUGAAGAAAUGUUGUCGCAGUUGGAUAGUCUACGGGCAUUGGUCAAAGGGGAAUUGACGUUUUUCCAAAGAGAAGUUCUGUGUGCGCUAAUAGUUAUAGAAGUGCACGCGCGAGACGUGACAAGAACUCUUGUAGACGAGAAUGUGAAGAAUAUCAGUGAUUUCCAAUGGAUCUGUCAGUUGAGAUACUAUCAAAUAAUAAAAGAUAUGAUACCGUUAGAAGAAGAUGAAUCGCCGGAGAUAUAUCAAGAUGAGGAACGCUUAGACACUUCGAUGUUUUAUCGACAGUUCAGUCAGAAUUAUUGCGAUGUUCGCGCUUUGAAUUCCGUUUUCACUUAUCAAAAUGAAUAUUUGGGGAAUAGUGGUCGUCUAGUAAUAACUCCAUUGACUGAUCGUUGCUAUUUGACGCUCAUGUGCGCUAUGCAUUUGAAAUUUGGCGGCGCUCCCGCGGGGCCCGCCGGCACCGGCAAGACUGAGACCACUAAGGAUCUCGCGAAAGCAUUGGCCGUGCAAUGUGUAGUGUUCAACUGUUCAGACCAACUCGACUUUAUGGCAAUGGGCAAAUUCUUCAAAGGGCUUGCGGCAUCUGGCGCGUGGGCAUGUUUUGACGAAUUCAAUAGAAUUGAUAUCGAAGUUCUAUCAGUUGUUGCUCAGCAGGUUGUGACGAUUCAAAAGGCUCAAAUAGCACGCCAAGAGAAGUUUAUGUUUGAAGGUUGCGAACUGCCUUUGAAGGCUUCCUGUUCGGUGUUCAUUACAAUGAAUCCAGGAUAUGCGGGUCGUACAGAGCUACCAGAUAAUUUAAAAGCUCUAUUUCGACCAAUAGCCAUGAUGGUGCCGGAUUACGCGUUAAUUGCCGAAAUAUCGCUGUUCUCGUAUGGUUUCUAUGAGGCUAAGAUUUUAGCUGGAAAAAUUACAACCACAUUUAGACUUAGCUCAGAACAGCUGUCCUCACAAGAGCACUACGACUUUGGUAUGAGAGCUGUUAAAACUGUUAUAUUGGUUGCGGGCAAUUUGAUUCGUCAGAUGCCCGACGGCGAUGAGAGGCAAAUAGUUUUGCGAGCGCUGCGUGAUGUCAAUGUACCUAAGUUUUUGGCUGAUGAUCUCGUGUUAUUUAAUGGUAUAAUAUCAGAUCUCUUCCCACGAGUAGAAAUCCCAAUAGUGGACUACGGUAUUAUGGAACAGUCUAUACGGAAUAUGUUGAUCAAAAAGGGCUAUGAUGAUUUGUACACGUUUAUAUUUAAAAUCAUUCAGUUGUACGAGACUACAGUUGUCCGACACGGACUUAUGUUGGUGGGGCCUGCUGGAGUCGGUAAGACAAAGUGUUACGAAAUUCUGCGAGACGCGCUAACAGCAAUCAAAGGUAAAUUAGCGCCGGACGGGUUCCCCUUCACCACAGUGUACACUUUUGUUGUGAACCCCAAAUCCAUCACUAUGGGGCAGUUGUAUGGAGAGUUUGACUUGCAAACUCAUGAAUGGACUGACGGUAUUCUAUCGAGUUUAGUCAGAGCUGGUAUCGCGGUAGAAGAUAACGACAGGCGGUGGUAUGUUUUCGAUGGACCCGUGGAUGCUGUUUGGAUCGAAAAUAUGAAUACUGUAUUAGACGAUAAUAAAAAGUUAUGCCUAUCGAGUGGGGAGAUAAUGAAACUGACAGACAGACAGAGGAUGAUAUUCGAAGUGGCGGACCUGGCUGUAGCGUCGCCCGCGACCGUGUCGCGCUGCGGGAUGGUGUACUUGGACACGCAGGUCGUUGGUCUGCCGCCGUUGGUGAACGCUUGGAUGAAGAGCAACUUGCCAUCGAUUGCCGACAAUAUUCGGAAAAUUCUACCCAAUCUGAUAAAUGCAUAUCUCUAUCCAACACUGACUCUAUUACGUUCUAAAUUAACUGAAAUAGUGGCAUCUAUAGAUUCGGCUUUAGUAUUGAAAUUUCUAGAACUCAUGGACUAUAGAUUGAGACCACUCACUGGUAAAGACGAUCGACCGCCGCCGGGGGCAGCUUUCUUGGCUAUGAUGCCGAAAUUAGCGCCAUGUUGGGUGAUAUGGUCGGUUAUAUGGUCAGUAGGCGCUACAUGUGAUCACAACGGUAGAGCGAUCUUCUCAGACUUUAUGAGAGAACUAAUGGUAGAGAAUGGUGCAAAACCUUUGUUUCCUAAGGAAGGAAGAGUUUACGAUUACACAUUACAUGACGGUGGUUUCACCGACCCCACGGAGGAUGGUGAGCCGGCCAAUCCCUAUUGGUACAAUUGGAUGGAAAACCUCGAGGAGUACGAGGUUGAUCCUGAAUGGCAAUUUGCUGAUAUAGAAGUCCCGACUUUAGACAAUGUUCGCUCCGCGGCUCUCCUCGGUUAUAAGAUAACUAAUUACAACCACGUGAUCUGCGUCGGUCCGACCGGCACCGGCAAGACUGUCACAAUAACGUCAAAGCUAUCGAGAGGGUUGCAUAAGAAAUUUAUUUGCGAAUUCCUCGUGUUUUCCGCGAGAACUUCGGCUAAUCAAACUCAGGACGUAAUAGAUAGUAAGUUGGAGCGGCGCCGGCGCGGCGUGUUCGGGCCGCCGCCACCCAAGAGGCAGGUGUUCUUCAUAGAUGACCUCAACAUGCCCGCGUUGGAAGUGUACGGCGCGCAGCCGCCUAUAGAGCUGUUGAGACAGUUUAUGGAUUUUUCUGGUUGGUACGAUCGCACGAACAUUGGUGAAUUCAAAACUCUAAUAGACGUGGGUUUGGUGGCGGCCAUGGGCCCGCCGGGCGGCGGCCGGAACCCCAUCACAAUGAGACUAAUGAGGCAUUUUCAUUACAUAUCCUUCACUGAAAUGGAAUAUAAUAGCAAGUUUGGGAUCUUCAAUACAAUUUUAAAAUCGUGGACGCGUAAUUUCAAAAAUGUGUCUAUACGGGAGAACGCUUUCCUCAAAAGCUCCAUAGAAGUUUUUAAUUCCUUAGUCGAAGAGCUUUUGCCAACACCAACUAAGUCUCAUUAUACGUUUAAUCUUCGAGAUCUGAGUAAAGUUUUCCAAGGUAUUCUAAUGAUGGACCCUUUGAAUGUAAAGGAUGAAGACGACGUUAUAAGGUUAUGGUAUCACGAACACCAGCGCGUGUAUCAAGACCGACUUGUUAACAAUGAAGAUAGAUCUUGGUUUGUCAAUUUACUAAAUAAGAAAAUUCGUACGGAAUUCAAUAAAAAAUCUAGCGACGUGAUCGGCGGGAGGUUAAUGUUGUUUGGCGAUUUCAUGGACAUUGGAGCUGACGAUAAGAAAUAUAUAGAAAUUACCAACAAAGUAGAGUUGGAUGAAGUCCUAUCACAUUAUCUAAAUGAAUACAACUUGUCAUCGACCGCGCCAUUAGAUUUAGUGUUAUUUGAAGACGCUGUGGCCCAUUUGUGUCGGCUCGCUCGUAUCAUGCGACAGCCGAUGGCGAAUGCUCUGUUGCUUGGAAUGGGUGGUUCUGGUCGUCAGUCCCUGUCCAGACUCGCGGCCAAUAUGGCGGAGUUACAAUGUAUGCAAAUAGAGAUAACUAAAGCGUACGGUCAGUCCGAGUGGCGCGACGAUCUCAAGCAGACCAUGAUGCGCGCGGGCGCUGACAACCGCGGCAUUGUGUUCUUGUUCUCUGAUGCACAGAUCAAAAUGGAAUCGUUUCUAGAAGACCUAAACAACAUACUAAGUUCCGGGGACGUCCCGAAUAUAUAUGAAGCUGAGGAUUUAGACUCAAUAUAUAUGUCUGUCCGUCACGCUGUUAUGGAAAUGAAUUUGGCUGCGACUAAAACUAAUUUGUUUGCUUGCUAUCAGCGUCGGGUUAGGAGUAAUUUGCACAUAGUCGUUGUUAUGAGUCCGGUUGGGGAGAUCUUCAGAGCUCGUCUCCGCCAGUUUCCGUCUUUAGUGAAUUGUUGCACCAUCGAUUGGUUCAGUGAAUGGCCGAAGUCGGCUCUGGAGUCGGUCGCGAGGCAUUUCUUUACCAACAUGCCUGAAUUGCAAACAACUGAUGAAGUUAUUGAAUCUUUAGUAUCUGUCUGUUGUUUCGCUCACCAAAGUGUGGUAGACGCGAGUGGUAAAUUCCUAGCGCAACUAAAUCGACUAAAUUACGUUACGCCGAUGUCUUACAUGGAAAUGCUCGGGGCUUACGCCGAAAUGUUCAAGAAGAAGCAAAAGGCUAUUCUUGUCGAAUCUAAUGCCCUGAAAACAGGUCUUAAUAAAUUAAAUCAGACCGAAGUUGAAGUGAAGCAACUGCAGAUAGAAUUGGCGGAAUUAAAACCGUUAAUGGAAAAGGCCGCGGAGGAAACGAGAAAAGUUAUCGAACAGAUAGCUAUUGAUACGGAAAUUGCCGAAGACGCAAGAAUUAAAGUGGAGAAAGAACAAGCCAUAGCUGAGCUAAUGGCCAAAGAAACAUCCGCCAUGGCUGAGGACGCUCAAAGAGAUUUAGAUGAAGCAAUGCCCGCUCUUAGGGCAGCAGAAAAAGCUUUACAAGAACUGAAUCGUAACGACGUGGUUGAAGUGAAAGCUAUGAAAAAACCGCCAGCCGGCGUUGUACUAGUCAUAGAAUCGCUGUGUGUGGUUUUCGAUAUAAAACCUAUAAAGGAACCUGGUGCAUCUUUCGGUCAGAAAGUACUCAACUAUUGGAAGCCAGGCUCACAAAUGUUAGCAGAUCCGACCGCUUUUCUUGAUUCCCUCAUGAAAUAUGAUAAAGAAUCCAUCACUGAAGACAUGAUUAAGAAACUAAAGAAAUAUGUGACUGAUCCUAAUUACGAACCCAUGAAAAUUUCUAAGGUAUCAAAAGCAUGCAUGUCUCUAUGUAUGUGGGUUCACGCUAUGUACAAAUUCUACCACGUGAACAAAGCCGUCGCUCCUAAGAAGGAGGCUUUGGAGCGUGCCACCAAAGAACUGGCAGCUGUUGAAGCAAUGUUAGCGAAUGCUAAGGCGAAAAUGCAAGCUCUUUUGGAAGGUAUCGCGAAACUAAACGCGUAUCUUCAAGAGAAGGAAGAGGAAAAACGCAAAAUGGAGGAGGAUAUCAAUCAGUGCCUCGCGAGAAUGGAUCGAGCCAACAGGUUGUUGAAUGGUUUAUCCAGUGAAAGAGUGAGAUGGAUUCGCACGAUAAAGGAACUAGAUAUUGCCCAAAUUAAUCUCAUAGGAGAUAUAAUGCUGAGUGCAUGUGCUGUGGGUUACGUAACACCUUUUACGGAUGAAUUCCGAAGAGAAUUAUUGGGAGAGUGGAUCAAACAUAUAGUGGAAGUUGCAGUGCCACAUACAGAUGGUGCCACUCCACUCUCUAUUCUCGGUGAUCCUGUCGUGAUAAGAAAUUGGCAAAUGUACGGGCUACCUCGAGACCCUUUGUCAGUGGAAUCCGCAGUACUAAUGUCUAAUUCACGGAGAUGGCCUCUAAUAAUUGAUCCUCAAACACAGGCCAAUAAAUGGAUUAGAGCUAUGGGUAAAACAGAGGGGCUUGUAGUUUGUAAGCCGAAUGAUAGAGAUCUAUUGAGAAACUUCGAAACCGCCCUAAGAUUUGGAAAGCCAUUACUAUUGGAAAAUGUAGGUCAAGAACUUGAUCCAGCCUUAGAUCCUGUACUGAAGCGCCAAUAUUUCCGUCAAGCUGGUCAGCUCGUACUGAAACUCGGCGAUUCGUUGAUUCCUUACACGGCUGGUUUUAGACUUUACAUAACAACCAAGCUACCGAACCCUCGAUACACCCCUGAAACGUCUGUGAAAGUUCAAAUUGUUAAUUUUGCUCUCGUGCCAAGUGGUCUAGCGGAACAACUAUUGUCAAUAGUGGUAGCACAAGAACGACCAGAUUUGGAAGAACUAAGGGGUCAGCUCAUAGUAUCAAGAGCACAGCUAUCAACUCAGUUAGCUAAAAUGCAAUCUGAUAUAUUGUAUGGCUUGUCCAACAGUGAGGGGUCGCCCGUAGACGAUCUACCUCUGAUAUUGACAUUAGAAGCAAUAAAGAUUAAAAGUGCUGAAAUUCUGAUAAAAGUGGAAGAUAUAGAGCGUACAUCGGCCGAAAUAGACGAGGCCCGUCUCGGCUACGUGCCGGUCGCCGGCCGCGGGCAGAUAUUGUUCUUUUGCCUGUCCGCGAUGGCCGACGUCGACCCCAUGUACCAAUACUCGUUGGAGUGGUUUGUGAGACUCUUCAUAAGGAGCAUGGCGGAAACUGAACCGAAUGAGGAUAUUAUAGAAAGGGUUGAGAUUAUUAUUGAACAUUUCACAUUCCUCUUAUAUCAAAACGAAUUUGAAAAUCCAGAGCCAAAGUGGAUCUCGCCACGCAUGUGGCUCGAUAUGAUGCAGCUGGCAUCGUUGCCGACUAUGCAUCAAUUUGUGAUAGAUUUCCCGCAACAGACGAAGUUCUUUAAGACUUAUUAUGACGCUUGGAACCCUCAUAAAUUACCGUAUCCAAAGCCACUGGACACACAGCUGGAUCCAUUCCAGAGAUUACUUGUUUUGAAAUGUUUGAGACCCGACAAGCUUAUUCCUGGACUUCAAGAUUAUGUGGUGACGGGUCUCGGCGCGCGCUUCGUAGAGCCUCAGCCGGCCGAUCUGGCGGCGCUGUACGCGGAGUCCGACCCGCUCGCGCCUAUCAUAUUUGUUCUCUCCACUGGCACUGAUCCUGCUGCGGAUCUCCUGAAGUUUGCUGAUAAAAUGAAGAUGGGGAAACGUUUCGAGAGUAUUUCUUUAGGUCAAGGUCAAGGGCCGCUAGCCGAGGCUAUGAUGAAAGUUGGCUGUGAUUUUGGUAAUUGGGUGUUUUUCCAGAACUGCCAUCUUUCUCCAUCAUGGAUGCCAACAUUGGAACUGAAUGUAGAGCAAAUAGUACCGGAACAGGUUCAUAAGGAUUUCAGGUUAUGGCUCACGUCCACUCCGUCACCAUUCUUUCCUGUUGCAUUGUUGCAAAAUGGAUAUAAAAUGACGGUGGAACCACCCAGAGGCAUAAAGGCGAACUUACUCAAAGCUUACAUGAACCAAGUUCCAGAUUUUCUAGAUUAUUUCAAUUCUGCAGACAACAAAGUUCCCAACUUUAAGUGGUUACUUUUCUCGCUGUGUCUAUUCCACGGUGUUGUAUUGGAGCGUCGGAAGUUUGGACCGCUCGGUUUCAACAUCCCGUACGAAUUCACUGACGGAGAUCUCCGCAUUUGCAUAUCUCAGCUGCACAUGUUUCUCACGGAAUACCACGAAGUUCCAUUGCGUAUGCUAACAUACACAGCUGGUCAUAUAAAUUACGGCGGUAGAGUCACCGACGAUUGGGACCGUCGAUGCUUGUUGUAUCUUCUAUCAGAUUACUACACUACAGCCGUUCUUAACGAUAGAUGUGUUUUUGAUGAAAGCGGAGCGUAUAAACAGCAACCGUCGUGGUUUACAAUCGAUGAUUACACAAAUUAUAUACGAACUCUACCGCUAAAUGAUGAUCCUUCUCUCUUCGGUCUGCAUAGCAAUGCGAAUAUCAGCUACGCAAUGUCGGAGACUAGCUCUUGUAUAAAUACUCUAAGUAAUUUACAACCUAAAGAAGUGUCGGGCGAGGGCGGCAUCACUGCCGAGGAGAAGACGGAACUCGUUUCCAAAGAGAUACUAGGCGUGCUACCGACAUUGCUCGAUCAAAAAUACAUUGCCACUACAUACCCAGUGUCUUACAAAGAGUCCCUGAACACGGUGUUGAUACAGGAGGCUAUAAGAUACAACAAACUGCUGACAGUCAUCAACAAUUCGUUAAAAGAUUUACAAAAAGCUCUAAAAGGACUUGUAGUGAUGUCGGAAGCGUUAGAGAGCAUGUCCGGCAGCCUGGCUCGCAACGCCGUGCCCGACAUGUGGAGUUCUCGCGCUUAUCCUUCGCUGAAACCGCUCGCGGCGUGGGUAAAGGAUCUGUGUCUUCGAGUACAGUUCAUGCAGAGUUGGGCGGAUGGGGGGAUACCCAAAGUGUUUUGGAUAUCGGGUUUCUAUUUCCCCCAAGCGUUUCUGACCGGAGCUCUUCAGAACUACGCGAGGAAGCACGUGAUUGCUAUUGACACUGUUGCUUAUGCGUUUGAGGCUCUCCCUGGGCCUCCAGCAAAAAAGCCAGACGACGGGUGUUGUGUGAGUGGACUGUUCCUAGAAGGCGCUCGAUGGAACGUCACCGAUAUGGCACUGGAAGAGAGUAGGCCCAAGGAGUUGCAUACUGAAAUGGCAAUAAUCUAUAUGAAACCCGAGCAAAACCACCGCCUCGCGUCGGGGCUAUACGAGUGUCCCGCGUACAAGACGCUAGCGCGCGCCGGCACGCUCGCCACCACCGGACACUCCACCAACUACGUCAUGACCGUCGAGCUCGCCACCCACAAGCCCCAGGCCCACUGGAUCAAGCGUGGUGUUGCUCUGUUUUGUGCAUUGGAUUAU